CGAUUGCAUGAUAAGUAAAUUGGGCUGCUGUGUGAAAUGCAGGUGGUGUUUGAAUUUUACAUAUCAUGUGCAAAGAAAAAACUAUCUUUCAAUUCUUGACAAAGACAUUCAAGAUAAAAUCUCAAGAAUUUUUAGGGGUAACGCAGCAUCUCCUCUUUAGAUGCUGCUUUGAAAUGCUCCUGAUUUCGCAAUGAAGCGCCGUAAUUUGUCUGCAAAACGAGACUGUGACGUCACAGGAAAUCAUUCACAAAAUGGCGGUUUAAAGUGAAAUCACAGUAGACAGAGAAAGAACUUAUUAAAACCUCUUUAUUCAGAUUUGUAAUGCAUGUUUCAAGAUAUCGGACCGUAGUUUACUUGCAGCUUUUUCUUAUUUUCAUUGAUUUGUUCAUUAACUCGUUUGGUCUCCUGUUUCAGAACAGGAAUGUGGUCCUUCUCGUCAUUUUUGUCAUUCAAGAUGUGUCUCUUGUUUUUGCACUGAUUGUCCUGUUCCUGGUCUUCUUCAACACUUAUGUGUUCCAAGCUGGCUUAGUCUAUCUGCUUGUGCGAAAGUUUAAAACAACCAUCAUUGUGACAAUUUUUUAUCUGGCAUUAUCUGUGGGACUACAUGUCUGGACUGUGACAAAAAAGUGGAAUACUGAAAACAAAUACAUCUGGGAAGAUGCUUUUCAGGCAUUGUUUGUGGUUCAAAGAGUUGGAUCCGUGCUUUAUUAUUGCUUGUACAAAAGGACUAUUAUCAAACUUGGUGACCCAAGAUAUUAUAGAGAUUCUGUAUGGAUAAGGACAGAGUUUGCAAGAGUGCACUGAGAUGCACCAAAUUUUGUCAUAUUCAUGACAAGACUCAACCUAUGCUUUGUCAGAAGCAUUCAUAGGAAUCAGUACCAAAGUAAUAAGAAAUUUGAGACCAAUUUUGCGAAUCUUUGGCACCUAGUGUGUCAUAGAUGAUCUCAAAACACUUGCCACUGUUAUUCCUAUGAUGACGGACAUGAUGUAGUGGUUUAAGCCAAAAUCGGGGGCUAGAGGUAUAUGUGGAGAGAAAUGAAUAAAGAAGAAGAGACCUGUAAAUGACACUGAAUUUUAAGAUAAAAAUUUUGACUAUGGGGUUUUCGCAAUAAGUAAAUUUGGUCAUCAUAUUUGUUUUUGUUAUUUGUAUGAUAGUUAUCUUUGUUUAUUUGGUAAUUUAAAACUCUUGUAGGUUGUUAACUUAUUCGUAACAUUGUAACAGUGCUUAAUGUUUCGUUAGGAAGGCUAGUUCAAGCUAACUCUUGAGUUUCAGAUUAGUUUGUUCAGGAUGACAUCAUCAGCUCCAUUCAUUUAAAAACAAUUUUGGUUUAUCACUGUUGAAAAGUUCUUGACAAACUUAUGCCAAUGAAUGGUUGGAUUAUAUUGUAUUCAAUCUCCAUGAAACUUUGAUGUUAUUCAAAAAUGUCUAAAAAGUCAGUAGAAACUGGAUUAUUACUUUGAAAAUAAAGUUCUUCUGUUUUGUGCAAAGGGUUUGGUUUGUUAUAUAGUGAUAAAGGAACAAAUAAGUAUAUUGAGUUAUUUAAGCUUUGAUAUUUUUGUGA